AUGUCGGACGUGAUCAACGCUAAUCCGACGGUUUUGGACGCCAGUCUGCUGCCAAAGAGAGACGGUGUUGUGCUGGAGAAAAAUGAGGACUCGCUCGUGUACCAGGAACUCACCGAACUGAGUUUGGACGGACUCACCUACACCGACAGCGAGGCCGAGGACGAGGAGGAAGGGUUCGACUCGCAGGAGAUCUACGACCUCAUCUCGACGAUCUCGGAUCCAGAGCACCCGCUCACGCUGGGACAGUUGGCCGUGGUGAACCUGGCAGAUAUCAAGGUGAUCGACCACCAGGAUAAGAGCCAGAUCGCAGAGGUGAUUGUGAAAAUCACGCCGACCAUCACACACUGCUCGCUUGCCACGUUGAUCGGACUGGGGAUUCGCGUGCGUCUGGAAAGAUGCCUGCCUCCGAGAUUCCGCAUCCUGGUGCUGCUGAAGGAAGGAAGCCACCAGAGCGAGAACCAGGUGAACAAGCAGCUCAACGACAAGGAACGUGUGAGCGCCGCGUGCGAGAACGAACAGCUGCUCAAGGUGAUCAGCCACAUGCUGGCAACGUGCAAGUAA